AACUCUUCAGAUGAGCAGCUGUGCGCUCACAAGGAGAAAGUAGAGUGAUUGUAGAGUGAUUGUCCAGCUCAUUAGAGACAUAAUAAUUUAUUGAAACCAUGAAGGAGCUGUCUUUUGACGCUUUGCUGCUCUCUUUUGCGCAUUUAUGUUUCCUCUGCACUUUCCUGGAUGGGGCUCGCGCUCAGGAGGCUGCCGCUGGUGAGGAGGAUGCGCUCCGGCGGGGGUUGACAUGGCAACAUAACGGGCAGGUUUUCAGCAUCCUGAGCCGCGGCUCUCAGUACAGGCCGUCGGCGAGGAGGCAAACCGGCCGUCACCCCGUGGUGGUCCUCAGCAGCCCCAACGACACGGCCCCCGCCGCGCCCCGGGGCUCCCCGCGGGUCCCGGCCUCCAGCGGCUCCGCGCAAUUACGCGCCAUGACGCGCCAGCAGCAGCAGCCUCUGUCCGGCGCUGACGGCGAGUCUGCUCCGGUCAGACGGGAGGACAUGAUGGUCGGAGAUGAUCCCUACGAUCCGUACAAAUCUUCCAACUACAACCCCUAUUACAACUACUACAACUCCUACUACAGACCGAGACCUCCGGUUCAGCCUCGGCACGGAUAUGGCACCAGCUUCCACCAGAACGGUCUCCCUGAUCUGGUUCCUGAUCCCUACUACAUCCAGAUCGCCACCUACGUCCAGAGGUUGCCCAUGUACAACCUGCGCUGUGCUGCUGAGGAGAACUGUCUCGCCACUACUGCGAGUUACGCUCACGAUUACGACACCAGAGUUUUGCUGAGGUUUCCUCAGAGGGUGAAGAACCAGGGAACGGCCGACUUCCUGCCCAGCAAACCUCGAUACGCCUGGGAGUGGCACAGCUGUCACAAUCACUUCCACAGCAUGGACGAGUUCAGCCUGUACGAGUUACUGGACGCCCAAACUCAGAGACAGGUGGCCGAGGGCCACAAGGCCAGCUUCUGCCUGGAGGACACUUCCUGUGACCCGGGAUAUUAUCGCCGCUUCGCCUGCACCUCCCACACUCAGGGUUUGAGUCCAGGCUGCUACGACACCUACAACGCCGACAUCGACUGUCAGUGGAUCGACAUCACCGAUGUCUCUCCUGGAAAAUACAUCCUCAAGGUGACGGUAAACCCAAGGCAGCAGGUUCCAGAGUCCAACUUCAACAACAACAUCGUUCGCUGUGACGUCCAGUACACCGGCACCUCUGCACACGUCUCUGGAUGCUCCAUGUCCAGCUACUGAGGAGAAUCCUCAGAUAUGAGCCUGUAGAAGGACACAGGAGCUGAAAUGACAGACUUGAAGAAUUCAUCAUUAACAGGUGGAAGCAGGAAACAAAUCCUGACACAUGUUUAACGUCACUGCUGCAGGUGAGUUAAUAACGGAGGAAGAGUUGGAUUUCUCUACACGAGUACUGUACGUCCAUCCUGAGAGACUUUAACUUCCAUACGACUACAUUUACCUGAAGCUGGAGUUUUUUUCCUUUUUUCUUUUUUUUUUUUUGCAGAUUUUUUUAAAUUAAUCAUAACACUUUCACCAUCGGGCUGUUAGAUAAAAGAUGGAGUUUGUAGAUUUUUAUGUAUUUUCUUUUAUCUUUGGUUUAAUAAUACAGAUGGGGAUUAGGGCCGCUGUAAAAGAAAAUUACUUUUAUCAUAAUUUUGACCAGAAAGGCAGUUUGAUUGAGAAACAAGAAGUCUGACUCCAAGAAUAGAGACUUUCAAACUUUUCAGAAGUCUGAGUGUUCUGGUGAUUGAGUUUCAGUUUUAUUGAAUCUAAAAAAUAAAAUGAGACUUAAAUUAACUCAGACUUCUGACGGUUUUUGUCAAAACUCAGACAAAAAUAGUAAAAAUUGCGACUUUCUUCCCUCAAAAUUAAAAAAUGAUGCAGGUUAUCAAGAGAAAAAGUCUGAACUCUGAUUCAGUUGUUUUUAUACUAAUUCUGAAAAGUAAAAUCAGAAUUCAGUUUGUUCAGAUUUCUGAUGAUUUUUCUCAAAAUUCUGACAAAAAGUAAAAGGUGUCACUUUUUCCCUCAUUAUUCAAAAUUUACUCAGGGAAAAAUUCUGAAAUGUAGCUUUAUGACUUUUCCUCAGGAUUCCGACUUCCUAAAUUUGAUCAAAAUUUUGAGAAAAACAACUAUGAAAUCUGAGGAAAAAUGUAAAAUAUAAAAAGUCAGAAAGUCCUCAUGACUUUUCUCAGAUUUCACAGAUUUCUACCUUGACUUUGAGAUUUAGGACUUGAUGCUUGUCAUCUUUAAAAGUGCAAACUCUGACUUUUUCUCAGAAAUCCUAGAAAUCUUUUUUAUCAAAGACCUAAUUUUCUGACUUUUUCUCAGAAUUUUAACUUGAGUUUGACUUUUUCUUCUCAAAAUUCUCAAAAGACUUUGAGGGGUAAAAGUCAAAAAGUCUGUGGAUAUUGACUUUUUUCAGGUGUUGAACUUUUUCUCAGAAUUUUAAGAAAAAAAGUCUGGAUAAAACUUAAGAGAUAAAACGUCAGAAAGUCCUUAUGACUUUUUCCAACUUUUUCCUCAGAUUUCUCAGAUUUCUGACUUGACUUUGAGAUUCCUGACUGGAUUAUUGCCAUCUAUAAAAGUCCAAACUAUGAAAUUUUCUCAGAAAUUUUCUCUUUUUUUGUCAGAAUUCUGAGAAAAAUGUAUGACGUAAAAAGUCAGAGUCCACAUCCCUUUUUCAGGUUUCUGACUUUUUCUCAGAUAUUUCAGAAUUCUAACUUGACUUUGAAAUUUCUGACUUGCAGCCUAUUAAAGUCCAAAUUCAGACUUUUUGUCAGAUUUUUUUCCAGUGGCCCUUAUCCUCUUCCUUAUAAUUACUAUUUUCCAGAUGCUCAGGAAGUUUUACCAUCAUUAUUUCAUGACAGCGAGUCAUCUUGAGUUUUUAAUGUUUUCUGAUCUAAGCUAACAAAACCUCUUCUUCUUCACUAAUGACUUAACGAAGAGAAACAUUUAUGUAUCUGCAUGUUCUCUGUACAUUUAUACACGUCUUUUAUAUAAAAAACAAUUAAAUGGAAUGCAGUCGUUUUCCAUUGAGUGUUGAUUUAAACCGUUUGAGUCACUGAUCUGACUUCACUGGUGCUGUAGAGUAGACGUUUGGUUUCUGGUGCUAAGUGUGAAGUAUUUCUGUUGUAUAGAGUGUGAAUAGAGCUCAUGUUAUCAUCCCGCUUCACUGCUUCAUAUCACAUUAAUAAAGUUUGCUUCAGUGUGAUCUCACUUGUGACUGAAACUUUUCAAUGCAGUCGAUGUUUUCGUGAACAUUUUAGGUUCUUCAGGUGAUUUUAAUAGUGAAUAAAAGUCAAAGACAACA